AUGUUCAUCCAUUGCGACUUUUCAAAACCCACAUUGAAUUUGCUUCUUCUUACGUAUAUAGAUAGAUAUAGAGAGAGACGCAUCAUCAGCAUCAGCCUCGCUCCCUCUUUCUGGUUCUUUUUUCUUUUAUCGUGUCAAGAACAAACAAGAUCAAUAUCUAAUCACCCCCGCAGCCAUGGCGGCGAUUGCCUACCUCUUUGCCAUGACUGUGACUCUGGGCAUGGUCUUUGCCGCCGUAGCUGCUGAUCCCGACUCGCUUCAAGAUGUCUGUGUGGCGGACCUCGCUUCAGGAAACAAAGUCAAUGGAUACCCUUGCAAGGAAAGCUUCAACGCCACCGACUUCUUCUUUGAGGGGUUGGCAAAGCCGGGUUUGACCAACAAUACCCUGGGCUCGCUGGUGACUGCAGCCAAUGUUCAGAAGAUCCCAGGCCUCAACACCCUGGGCGUCUCCCUUUCCCGCAUUGACUACGCCCCAGGCGGCCUCAACCCACCGCACACUCACCCACGCGCCACCGAGAUUGUGUUUGUGCUCUACGGACAGCUGGAUGUUGGCUUCAUCACAACCGCAAACGUUCUGGUAUCCAAGACCAUCAAUGAAGGUGAAAUUUUCACCUUCCCCAAAGGGUUGGUUCACUUCCAGAAGAACAACGCCAAUGUUCCUGCCUCCGUGAUUUCCGCCUUUAACAGCCAGUUGCCUGGCACGCAGGCCAUUGCCCCCACCUUGUUUGCCGCCACUCCUCCUGUCCCUGAUAAUGUCUUGACCGAGGCUUUCCAGAUCGGUACCAAGGAGGUUCAGAAGAUCAAGUCUAGGCUUGCACCUAAGAAAUAGAAGUCCAAUCUCCCCCGCCAUGUAUUAUUUUCCUUUCCUUUUUUGUUCAUUUUGAUUUGAUGCUUGCUCUUCAGAUAAUAAAGAGAGAGAACAUAAUUCUAUCUAUGUGAUCUUUUUUAUUGAAGAAUCCCCACUGACUGAUGUUUCUGUAAUAUAUGUAUCUCAAUUUAUUGAGCUGCCUUCUUGUAUGACAGCUUGAAUCUUUU